AUUAUAUGUAACCUGAGACAUCGCAUAUGUAUCUUUCUUAAAACUAAACAACAUUAACUUUUUAGAAUUUUACUUUAUAUUUAUUUAUUUGUUGAUAAUUACAAUGUGAUAUAAUAGUAUACAUACAUAGUGCUUCGUAAACGGUUUCUGAUUUUUUCACCACCAAUGGCAGAACAUUUUAGUUGAAUCUGUUAAAUAUCUGUGAUGAAUUUGAAGAUACUUGAAUAACGAAUAUUUGAAUUGAAUAUUCAAGUAUUGUACAAUAAAAUUUCACAUCAAAAACCUAAGGAAUAAGUGAAUCCAGGUAAAGUGGAAAUGUACUUAUUUAUGACAUGAGCUUUAACUGGACAAGACGGGUUGGAUGAUGAUUAUGUUUAGAAGGCUGAGAUCACUUCACGCUCGUCUGUGCCACAUCAAUUCAAAAAUGGAGUCGGUGAAAAAAGUGAAAGCCAGCGGCUAUGAAACAGUGGCUGUCCCCUCAAACGGACUUUCUGCGGACGUAACGGUUGAUUUGCGAUCUGACACGGUAACGAAACCUGGCACAGCUAUGCGACUCGCAAUGGCAGAGGCACAAGUUGGUGACGACGUUUUUCGAGAAGAUCCUACGGUUAUUGAAUUGGAAGCAAAAGUAGCACGAACCCUGGGCAAAGCUGCAGGAUUAUUUGUUACCUCUGGGACUAUGGGAAAUUUUAUCUCUGCCAUGAUACACUGCAAUGAACGCGGAUCUGAAAUGAUUGUUGGAGAUCAAUCCCACAUGUUCCGUUAUGAACAAGGCAAUGCUUCACAAUUUGGGGGUAUUCAUUCCAAUCAAGUGAAAAACAACGAUGAUGGAACGUUUGACAUAAAUGGAGUUGUGGAUCGCAUUCGUCCUGACGAUAUUCACGACCCAAUAACGAAACUAAUUGCUGUAGAAAACAGUCAUAAUAGAUGUGGAGGAAGGGUGAUGCCUUUAAAUUGGUUGGACCAGUUGGGAAAAUGUGCCAAGGAGCACAACAUACCCCUUCACAUGGAUGGGGCUAGAGUUUUCAACGCUGCAAUCGCUCUGGAACAACCAGUCUCAAGAAUCGUCAAAGACUUUGACUCUGUGUCCGUUUGUCUUAGUAAGGGUCUUGGGGCUCCCUUUGGCUCUGUUAUUGUCGGUAGCGUGGACUUUGUCGAAAAGGCCAGAAGGCUUCGCAAAGCAAUUGGAGGAGGUCUGCGGCAGGCCGGAAUUCUUGCAGGAGCAGGAAUAUAUUGUCUGGAUCACAUGGUGGAUCGUCUCAGAGAUGAUCACGAACAUGCCAAAAUAAUUGCCAGAAUGAUUAACAACUUAAGCAGUCAACGUGCUUUUGUUAAUUAUGACGAUGUAGAAACGAACAUAGUUAUGGUCAGAGUUAUUGGCAUCAACAUAACCGCAUUCUGCAAACGUUUAGCAAUUGUUGAACAAAAUGAACGAGAUACAAUUGGGAGUCUUGUUUCAGUGAAAUGUCUUCCUUGGUCCGAAACUUCCACAAGACUCGUGACUCAUGCCGAUAUUUCUAAAGAAAUGGCAGUGCAAGCCGCUGAAAAGAUUUGUUACGUCAUCAAAGAAUUCAUUGAGAAAACCCAAUAAUCAAAAUCAAUUAUGGAUUUAAUGUGAGCAAGAAAAUUCUGCGGUAGUCGCCAGACAAACUUAAAUACCUAAGUAAGUAUACAAUGUAAUUUAUGUAAUUGAUGCUGUCACCAAAAAUAAACAUCCGCAAUAAAGCGAGAAAAUUUGUUUUGCACAUCA